CCUACAUUGUUAUUAUUGGCAUAAAUAGCUAUAUAUGUUGACAGAAGAGUUUGAGAAAAGAUGGGGGAAAAAGUGUCUACAUUCAAACUACAUUGAUCUAAUGAAUUUUCCGACCUUUAUCACUAAUUCAUCAACCAAUCAAUUGACUCGAUGCUCAAGCUUACUCAUCAUUGGAGUAGUAAAUUAUCUAAUACUUAACAAAAUGAGAAUGAUUUUAAGUGGAUAUAUGUUUGCGAAGCCUCGCGAUGCAUCAGAAGAUCAAAUCCCUAAGAUUCAAAGUAGAAUGAUAAUUUUAGCCAAUAUGCUCCAGUGCAUCAUUCAAAGAGAAACAGACAACUGUUAGAAAUCCUUACAAAAAAUCUAGUUAAAUGUUCACCUAUACUUAAAAUAA